AUGAUGAAGUUGAGCUUCUUCACGGAGGAUCUAUUGGCGAUUAUACUUGCGAGAUUACCACUAUUAAACAUCACCACUUCAAAACUAGUAUGCAAGCAAUGGAAGUCCAUCAUCGAAUCACCGUUUUUCCGACAGGUUUUUCUGUCUCAUCAUCAAAACUCGCACUCUUCAUGGUCUCUCAUGCGCAGAAAUCCAGGGGAGGAAGUCGUGGCUCACUACGGAUGCAAAGUAUGGGGACUUGAACGAUCUCUUGGCUCUUACGUCUCCUCUUUCAUAGCCGAAAGAUUAGAGGCCAAGAAGAAAGUAACUAGACUUUGGCAUCGUACACAAAACUAUAGAGUCUUGGCUUACACCGAUAUUGGAUUGCUUCUACUCUAUGUCACGACGUUCCCUGCGGACCAAACCUAUUACGUAGCUAACCCUAUUUCAAAACAACGCAUCAAGAUUCCUACUCCACGUACUUGGCAUCUAGGGUUUGAAAAAGAGGAGUUCUGGUUUGUAGAAUUAGAUGUAUUAUUCAGACAUGCGAGGCUCGUUACACGAACUAAAGACGGCGUCGUUCUAGGUUUCAAAGUUGUUCUGGUCAACACAAGAUUCAAUAACACUGAAUGCUUUGUAGCUUUCACUAUAUAUUCAUCAGAGACAGGCUCCUGGAGUUUCAAAACUCUCCAAUCAACACUCCCUUUGGUUAGUCUCAAUCUUCUUGAUCCCGUAAGCUUGAGCGGGAACCUUCACUGGCUCGGUCUCAAUCUUGACCGUCAAGAAGUUGUUGUGUCCUACGAUUUCUACGGUUCUGAUGAUCAAUGCCGAGUUACACCUUUCCCUGAUUUGGGAAAAGAACCCAAGUUCAAAAGAUCUUGCACAGCUUCUGGAGGAUAUCUCAUGUAUAUGAACAUUUUCUCUAAAUACAAUGACAAUGGAUGCGUGGAGCAUAAGCUAAGUGUCUGGAGGCUAAUGAACCGUUGUCAACCCUUCCCCAAGUUCAUUGAGGGAGAUGCUCUAAUAUCUAACCUAAAAUUUGUGUAA